CAUCCCGCACCAGAGCGCACGGCUGCCGAGACCUUUACCAUUACACCUCUUCAGACAGAAGGAAUUAUUACUCCAUCUCUUUUGCUCACCACUUUUUUUUGUCCUGCGUUUUGGUUAACAGCGUUAUUGUUGUGAUAAAAUGGUUUUACGCACACCUGACCUCCGCUCAGCUGUAAUCUCACACUUUUGAUAGUUUUACCUCAGUUAAUCAUCUAACGUUCAGUGCAAUAGGCUGCAAUGCUCUCACAGAGAGAGAGAAAGCUCAUUGCAGAAAUAUGGGAAAGUCUGACUCCUGUGGCUGAAGAUAUUGGUUCAGAUGCGCUUUUUCGGAUGUUCGUCACUUUCCCCGGCACCAAGACAUAUUUUUCCCAUCUCGACAUCAGUGCACGCUCCCCUCACCUGCUCUCCCACGGGAAGAAGAUCGUCCUGGCCAUAGCAGAGGGAGCCCAAGACAUCAGCCAGCUGACGGUCACCCUGGGUCCUCUGCAAACCCUGCACGCCUACCAGCUGCGCAUAGACCCGUCCAACUUCAAGCUGUUCUCACACUGUAUGCUCGUCACCCUGGCCUGUCACAUGGGCGAAGCGUUCACACCGGUUGCACAUGCAGCAAUGGACAAGUACCUGUCAGCAUUCGCAGCCGUGCUCGCCGAGAAAUACAGAUGAGACUCAGCCACGUGUUUCUAGGAAGUAUAUAUAUGAGGCAUUUAUGAUAAUUUAUGAUAUGACAUAUUUAUGUAUAUGUGUAGUUGUUUAAUGUUGUGUAAUGUUUUGUAAUAAUAAAAAUGUGCAA